ACGACGACGACUGACAGCGAUGUGACUGAAUUCUGGGCCAGUGACUACUUAUACCUACACGCAUUCCGUGCCUUUUCCGCCAACACCUUUUUGGUGGAGGGAAAUAGGAGGGUGGAGGUCCUUGAACUUAACCAGGUGAGGGCCCAGGACAUCGUUUCACCAGCCGCCCGAUGCCUGGAAUGUAAAGUUGUUGGGAGCAGACAGGGUUGCUGGAGAGGUUACACUCCGCUCCUUGGAGCAAUCCAGGCUGUAUGGUAUAAAAGUUUGAUAGCUGCAGUUUCUCGUGUGAUAUUCCCUUUCCAU